ACUUCAUCAAAAGCCUUAGUCCAGGCCGUCCGUAUAACAGUCCCUUGUCAGUGUCAUAGGCUGUUCGCAAAUACUCAUUCAAUGAUUUCUCGCGCGCUUUUGGAGGGUCAGCUCGUACCGGAUGCUCAUGAGCCUCAUAUUCAAACUCAGGAGGUGCAAUCGAGGACGCAAUUGUGGCAUAAUUUGGCACCGCAGCGACAGCUAUUGCCCCCCACAACCCAUAAAAAAGGCAAAAAAAAAAAAAAAAGAAAAAAAAGCAAAAAGGAAAGGAAAAGAAAGCAUGAGUCUGGCAAAUCUGGCAAUCUGUCAACACCCUUCCUGUUCAAAUCUCGCCAUCCUGGCAUCUCGGUGCUUAUAUGAAGUGCUCGAGGCGUCCAAGUGGAAUAUGUCAAUGAUCCUGUCUAUCAUUCUUUCUAGCUUGUCAGCAGCUGCUUUCCCUAGUGUGAAACACGUCUCUUGGAUGAAUGCUAACAUGCUCUGGACACUUAGGCUUCUUGGUGGCAUUUAUUCCCUCGAGGAGAUGGUCUCUCUCCACUUGAGCCAUGGGAACAAACUCUAUCGCAUGCCCCAACUCCUUGUUUUCAGCACCGAAAAUACCACCAUCUGGUCACUGUCCUCCCCCUAGCCGUACGUUUUUGGGAUAUUCCACACGCUUGUCACGAUCCCAGUCUAGCCAACCAGGUCUCCACGAUGAUGCUCAAUUGAAUAGUGGAGGAACAGAAGAUGAGCAUCUGUCCUCUAUAUCCUAUUUGAUCGAGUGGCAGGUGACCCUUAAUAACCGGGUCGUAGCAAAAGAUACAGAACAACACCUGGUUUCCAGGCCCAGUUCGUAUUGGCAGAAGAUUAAGCAGAAGGCUGAAAGUGUGCUACAUGGGGAAAUAGUCCGUCACGACGAGUGAGUUAGACGAUACUACAGUAUCCGUAAAUGAAUGUUCAUAGCGGGAUCUUCCUAAGCGUUUU